GAUUUAUAAAUAGUAUACAUAAUUUCAUGCUGCUGGACCGCAGAAAUGAGAAUUUACGUCUAGGAUGCAACGGGAUGACAAGUUUCACCCUGCAUGUUGUAUACAUAGAAGUGGUAUCGUAAAUAUUUUGGCAUUGUCCAGUGUAAGCUACCGCUAACGAAAACCGUGACUGUUUCCUUCCCGUAUGGCUGCAUAUGUUAACCGUUCCGUUUCAAUGAUGGCCGGGGACGGGCCUCACAAUGUCGCAAUGAACAACGGCACCGUCCGUGUGAACAUGACCAACGUGGAUUCCCCUCUGCAGAUAUUUGUGAGGGCCAAGAAGAAGAUCAAUGAUAUCUUUGUGGAGAUUGAUGACUAUGUUAAGGAUGCGGUGGCAUUCAUGCAUGCUGUGUCGGGGGACAAUGGAGUGGCAACACCUCAGGAUGUGGCCAACGUUGAGGCGUACAUCAGCAAGGUGCAGGCCAUACGAGAAGUGCUUAAAAGGGAUCACAUGAAAGUUGCAUUUUUUGGUCGAACGAGCAAUGGCAAGAGUACAGUGAUAAAUGCCAUGUUACAUGACAAGAUAUUGCCCAGCGGCAUCGGACACACCACCAACUGUUUCCUACAGGUAGAAGGGUCGGACACCGAUGAAGCCUAUAUAAAGACCGAAGGCUCAGAGGAGAAAUUAAAUGUCCAGUCAGUGUCGCAGCUGGGUCAUGCGCUAUGCGCGUCUCGUCUGGCGGAGAACGCGCUCGUCCGGGUGAGCUGGCCGCGCGAGAUGUGCGCGCUGCUGCGGGACGACGUGGUGCUGGUGGACAGCCCCGGCGUGGACGUUACCGCGGACACCGACGACUGGAUCGACCGGUACUGCCUCGACGCCGACGUCUUCGUGCUUGUCGCCAAUGCUGAGUCUACGCUUAUGGUCACGGAAAAAAAUUUCUUUCACAAAGUAUCUACGAAAAUCUCACAACCGAACAUAUUCAUACUGAACAACCGAUGGGACGCAUCCGCUUCUGAACCUGAGUACCUAGAACAGGUUCGCACGCAGCACGCGAACCGCUGCGUGGACUUCCUGGCGCGCGAGCUGCGCGUGUGCUCGCCCAAGGAGGCCGAGGAGCGCAUCUUCUUCGUGUCCGCCAAGGAGGCGCUGCUCACGCGCAUGCGGGAACGAGAGAAACCCGUCUCCUCGCCGGUGCUGGCGGACGGUCACCAGGUGCGGUACUUCGAGUUCGUGGACUUCGAGCGCAAGUUCUCGGAGUGCAUCAGCCAGUCCGCCGUCCGCACCAAGUUCGCGCAGCACUCGCGACGCGGCAAGUGCAUCGCCGGGGACGUUUGCAGCGCGCUAGACCAGGUGUACGGGCUGGCGUGCUCGCAGAAGGCGGCGCGCGUGGAGCGACAGCGAAUACUGCAGGAGCAGCUGUCCGCCAUAGAGGACCAGCUCACCUCCGUCACUAGAGAGAUGAAGGCCAAGAUCGGCAAGAUGGUCGAGAGUGUCGAGCACAAGGUGUCGCUGACGCUGUCGCAGGAGAUCCGUCGUCUGGCGGCGCUGGUGGACGAGCACGCGGCGCCGUUCCGCACGGAGCGGGCCGCGCUCGAGGCGUACAAGCGCGCGCUGCACCGCCACGUCGAGGCCGGCCUCGGCCAGCGCCUCAAGCAGCGCCUCUCCUCCGACAUCGGCCACGAGAUGGACGCGGCGCAGCGCGACAUGGCCGAGCGCAUGUACGCCGUCCUCCCGCCGCAACGCCGCGCAGCCGCCGCCGCCGUCGUCGCCCCCCACCACCAGCCCUUCGAGGUUCUCUACCGCCUCAACUGCGACAACCUCUGCGCCGACUUCCACGAGGACCUCUCCUUCCGCUUCUCGUACGGCAUCACCGCGCUCAUCCAGCGGUUCCAGGGCCGCAACACCAACAAGAUCGCGCUCAAAAACCCGCCCCAGUACACGCCGAUCCCCCCGGCGAUAGGACCGGCGGCGCCGUCGAGCGAGAUCGUCCGCGCGACGACGGCGGGCAUCGGGCCGCUGUCGGCGGAGGAGUGGGGCAUGGUGUCGCGGCUGGCGAUGGGGGCGCUCACGUCACAGGGCACGAUGGGCGGGCUGCUGCUGUCGGGUCUGCUGCUGAAGACGGUGGGCUGGCGGGUGGUGGCGGUGACCGGGGCCGUGUGGGGCGCCCUCUACCUGUACGAGCGGCUCACGUGGACGGCGAAGGCGCAAGAGCGCGUGUUCAAACGGCAGUACGUCGCGCACGCCAGCAAGAAGCUCCGCCUCAUAGUCGAUCUCACGUCAGCUAAUUGCAGCCACCAGGUGCAGCAGGAGCUGUCGACGAUGUUCGCCCGUCUGUGCCGGCUGGUGGACGAGGCGACGACGGAGCUGGACGGGGAGCUGACGGAGGUGCGCGCCGCCGCCGCCCGCCUGGACGAGGCCGCCGCCGCCGCCAAGCGCCUGCGCAACAAGGCCAACUACCUCGCCCACGAGCUCGAGCUCUUCGACGACGCCUUCCUCAAACAGUAGACCGCCCCGCACUGGUCCAGGAAUUUAACUGUGGACUCGACAUAGGGGUGUAGCGGCGGCGAGUCUCCGCCAGCGCGACCGAACACCCGACAAUACGUUUGUAGUAUUUGUUACAGUUUUGUUUUACGUCUACGAAAUAAAAUUCCAACGAUUGGUUGACGCUGAAAGUCCCACGCCUCAAAAUACAGCCGCUCGUAGCUGCUUAGUUAUGCCAAUGAGAUUGUGCAGUGCUUAGCUUUAGUUUGUGGAGGCUACUUUUAGUGUAAGCCGCGCGACAUAUCCGCUGAAAUUAUUUAUUAUUCCUUUUGUUAUAAAAUUGAGCACAAAAUUUAAUUUCUUUUAGGCUACAGAAAAAAGUUAGCCUUUGUUUCAAUGGACGGCAAUUGGACAGAAAUGGACGGCAAU